UAUAGAUUUUAUGACUGCACAGUCUAAAUAUUUGUUUUUUUUAGAGUGGACAACAUCUUCAUGACAGUCAUUGACACUUCGUUACAAAAGGGCAAGUGGAUGGAUAAUUUGGUAGCUUUGAGGAAGAGGCUGAUGAAGACUGAAAAAAGUUUGCAAAGUUCAAGAUUAGACUUUAAUAGUGCCCGUUUAAAUGACCAGUCUGAUGAUUCUUCACAGCAGGAUCAUUCCCCUGCUUUAACAAUGGAAGAUCUCUUACAAUCUAAUCCAAUAGUUUCUCCGAUGAGCAACCGUCAUCUGACAACCACUGAGAGAAUGCUUCCUCAAAAAAAUGUUUUUAGUAACAUUAGUCCAACUAGCAGUUUUGGAGGCAGGACGCCUCAUUUGCCGGCUUCAUCUGGUGUCGAGCAGGAAAAUGAACAAUUAUGGAAAAAGCUCAGUGUACUUCGGGAAGACAAUUCCCGAUUGCUCUCCCAGAAUCAUAGUUUGGUGCGGGAAAUUGAAAGUAUACAGAUGGAGCUGACUGAAUCAAAAGUUAAAUGUUGUCAUCUUGAACCAUCUAUUAAUGAAAAGGCGCAUCAUAUUUCUCAGUUAAAUGAAGAUAUCCUGGGUUUGGAGGCUGAAGUAGAUGCUCAAGAGAAAGCUCUCAGAGUUGCCGAAGAAAAAUUGGAAGAGAGCCAAUGGAUGGUUGCCGAGAAGGACAAACUGGUGGAAAAGUUGUCAGAAGAAUGCAAAAGAAUGAAGAAUGAGCUUUAUGACCAAAAUAAAAGAGGAAAGAGAGCUGAACAACAAAGAAAUGAAGCCCUCUUUGAUGCUGAAGAACUUUCUGUUGCGUUCAAACGGUACAAGGAAAAGACUACAGAAAAAAUUACCAUGUUUCAAGCUAAUGAAGAAGACUGGCAGAGCAGCUUGGAUCACUGUGAUAAGAACAGAGCAGGUUUAUUUGGGAAAUGCACUAGCCUAGAAAAGGAGGUGGAAAAGAAGAACGAAGAAAUCAGGCUUAUAAAGGAACAAAACUGUGAUCUAAAGGUGGCUCAAAAGGAUCUGGAGACUAAGAAUGCAGGGAUCUAUUCAGUUUUAUCUGAUACUAAAGAAAAAGUUAAAAUGUUAGAAAAUGAACUGGCCAAUAAAGAGACUAUUUUGAAAGAUCGAGAAGGCUUGAGGCUGGAGAAUACAGAACUACGAUUACUUACAACUUCCCAAAAUGAUAAAUUGCUUCGGUUCAGUAAAGAGCUGGAGAGCACUAAAAUGGAGAUGAGGAACUUGGAGUCACUUCUACAACUUAAUCGGACAGGAAGUAAAGAGGGCGAAAGUGGUGUAUUCAGUACAGGAAUAUCAAGUGCAAGCUACCCUGAUCUCUUUUCUUCAACUAGGAAGGAAAAUGAAAUGAAAGAUUUCAAAAUGAGUGCUGAUUUCGGUGAUUCCCAUUUCACAGAAUCCAGACUAAGGUUAGGAAUGAAAGAUGAAAUUCAGAAGCUGGAAUCUAGCCUGGCCAACAGUAAAGUCUCAAAGCUACAAUGUACUGAUGUAUUGGAUGGAACAAGCCCAGAACUAACCUCGAACAGAAAAAAGGAUGCUGAUAGAAAGACUCUGGAACAGCAUUUCGAAGAAGAGCGAUAUAAACGAAACAAAGAAGUUGAGGAGCUGCAAGCUAAAUUAUUGGAAGCAGAAUCUACAAUCUCAACAUUGGAAACUCGGAUGACAGGACAGAGGAGCAGUUGUCAGAAGUUUGAGGAGCAACUGUUGGAAAAGGAAAAUGGCAUUGAGAAGUUGGAACAGGAGCUAAGAAAAUCUAAAUCGCAGCUAUCCACUGUGGAGAAACAAUUGGAGGAGAAAACUAUUGCCUAUUCAACCAACGCAGUCAAAGUUGUUGAAUAUGAACAAGAACUUGCGGAAAAGAACAAAGAAAUGAUCAAAUUGGAAAAAUUAAUCGAAGAGCAACAAGAAGAAAAUAUUGUUGCUAGUGAACAGACCAAGAAGAUACAAACUGAGCAGUGCCAGGAGUUGGAACAGCAGAUUGAAAUUGUAAGGUUUCUUUAUACUGAUGCAGUUCACUUCAGUAUAUACUGGUGAUGAUUGUUGUUGGCAGUUUAGGCUUUUGGAUGCAGACUGGUCUUGAACUUGGCAGCUUUAAAAUGAACAAAUUUUUCUUUUUUGUGGU